GGGAUGUCCCCGGCCAUUGCCUUUUUUUCCCAACCAUCACCCAAGCGGAAACAGUCGGGAAGACACGACGGCAUCACCGCUGCUUCUUCAACAACUCCUCGAGAGAGAUGGCAUGUUGAUUCAAAAGAGGAGAACAGAAAAUUCCAAAUUCAAUGCCUUCGGUGCCAUGCCCGAUAUUAGGUAGGCAUCGGGACCAAACUUUGCGGUUACAGUCAACAACACCCAAGACUUAUGCAGAGAGGCCUAGACACCUCUUGGGCGGCCCUAGGACCUCAGGUGCCACCGGCGAACGGUGCCGUCCCGCCUAUGCUUCCCUUAUUUUGUCCUGGUGCCGCAAACCACCGUGGCUGUUUGGGAAUAGUUCCACACCCAGAUGCGACACUUAAUAAUGGAUUUCAUCUCUGCUCUCUGUCUCUGCGUCCCGGGCACCUGGGAAUCGUGUGUGUCGUCCAAGUGAUAUCGUGUGUUUGAUAUCAGCGCCUCUAGCCUCGGAUGGCAGGGUGCAUUAUUUCCCUUCCCCGGGGUGACAAUAUUGGCGUGCUUCAAGACUUGUCUGCACGUCAUUGGCUUCAUUGGCUUCGUUGGCUUCAAGCAUGAUGUUACCGCCUCUUUUUGAUCCAUCGAGAUAUCAGGCCGCCUGUGGUCUCGAGUCUCCAGCACUCUCUCCACAGUGGACUCGGUGAUGGCCACAUAGCGUGUCUCCCACAUGGUAAAAUGACAAAAGGCACGGAGAAGGCACCGAGCUCACGACAACUUCCUGGUUGACAGCUGCAGAAACUAGCAAAACUACUAGUAAUAGCCUCGGGCCAUGUGUCCGGCACUCACCGCGCCCUUCCCCUUUCCCCUACACACGCCUCACCGGCCGCGAGCCGAUCAGAUCAGAUGGGAUCAGCUCACCAGCGGAAAAAGUCUUUUUCGAAACGCUAUCUGGACGCUAGAAAGCACGGGUAGGAAACGCCUGCUGAGCAAAAACGGCUGAGGGCCAGGUCCUUUUAGCCUGAAUGAAAAGCCAAGCCGGGAGAAGUUGCGAGGCAAGCGUUAGCUCGAUCCCUUAGCAUCAACGGGGGAGCCGCACCCCAGAACGCCCAGUGAACGCCCAGCUGGAGAUGCCGCCGUGAGGGCGAACUUCGCGAAACAGGGCAUCAUCACUCACCAACCCGGAGAAACAUCUUCGUUCUUGCACAAGCGUGUUUGCCCAACAGCCACUAGUGCUUCUGGCAGUGACAUGUCGCCCAUUUGGAAGGGCCUCAAGUCAGCGCCAAAAACAUGAUCAAGGCCGAAAAGAAAGCGGGGUGCCCCGGAUUCCCACUCGUCGGAAACACGGGGAGGCUUCCUACGGACCAAUCACCGGCUGUCGUUGGAAACUUGACGGCUCGCUACCCCACUGGCCCACUGGCUGUCUCCAAACAUCACCAUCAUGUGCUUCGGCGGCGAGGGUGUGCCACUCCGGCUUCCCUACGAGAUGUCUCCUCCGACUGGCUACCAGCUCUGCCCGCAUUAGUAUGUAGCUAGACUACUCCGUAACCUUCUUCACCAUCACCACCCCCUUGGCAUCGGCCGCCUAACUUCGACCUCGACGUACCGGCACAUCUCCAAGUCGUCUACGCGGAGCGGGAUGUGCUUGUUUCCAAGCGUCGGGUUUGUGCCCAGCUUCUGCCAGCCCAAGCGAGGCCUGUGUAUUAUCGGCACGCAUGGCCAUACCAUUGCAGUCGGACGACGUUGAGACGUUAGUGAGCGUUGGCCAAAUCAAGCUCAAGUGCGCGCCACAUCUCAGCGCCAAUAUGCAGCGCGAUCUCUUUGUCGGUCCGCUUCCACCGGCCGUGCAUAGGUUGCUGAAAGUGGCGGCGGCGGCAUGCUCCCAUUCGCUCGACGCUGCUCGGUUGGCUGGACGCUGA